AGUUAUUGCAAGGCCAAAACAACAAAACGACGCAAUGUUGACAAAACUUCUCCUCCUCGCCAUUCUCUGCCAAAGCUUUGCUGAAGUCUACGAGAACACUUUUGACUGCGAAGACCAUUUCAGCGAAAGCCACGAAAAUGGUACCAUAGAGUACCAUAACUUCGUCACCACGAACGUGAAAUUCUACCUUUACACUCCUCCACCCGACAAUGACACCAUCGAGCUGAAUUCGACCAACUUACACUUGGUCAAUUUGACCCAACCCACGAAAAUCAUCAUCCAUGGUCUCCAGUCGUACGAAAACCAGGUAUGGGUGGACAAAAUGGUACAGAACUACCAUACAAAGGGCGAUUACAACAUAAUCGCGGUGGAUUGGUCCGUUAUCUCCUCGGACGAAACUUUCUACGUUGUUUCCGCCGUGGAUGACCUCGGGCGGUACGUGGGGGACUUCAUCAUGGAGGUCACCCAGGACAACUACCAGUACCUCUCUGACGUCCACUUGAUCGGCUCCUCACUAGGUGCGCAAAUCGCAGGGGCUGCUGGAAGCGCAAUUUCCAACAAAACCAACGCCAGAGUUGACCGAAUAACCGGCCUGGACCCAACUCAGCCGGAAAACUUGCAGCUUUUGGACGAGAACACUGCAGAGUUUGUCGAUGUUAUCCAUACGACGCUCUACUAUGGCCAGGAGAGUUGUGGGACGGUUGAUUUUUAUGUCAUGGCUGAGGAUCCACAAAGACCCAUUUGUUAUAACGAUACUUGUGUAGAGCUUUUAGGGGAUGACUAUUACGCGGUCACUAUCAUCGAUGAGGAUAGAUUUGAAGGGGUUACAUGCUAUAAUACCUCUCUAGCCGUUCAGAGAUUGUGUGAUAAGGCCAAAUCGGCUGUUAUGGGAGAAUAUGUGCCAAGGGAUGUCACCGGGAGCUUUUUGGUUAAAGAUUCAGCGGGAGUGAUUUAUUCAGGAAGGAGGGUUUUGUUCUCGAUUAUUUCGACAUUACUUCUGUUGCGUUUAAUCGUCUAGUUUUAAAAUAUUUGUACUUGUUUUAGUUUGUCUAGGUAAGUAAAUUCAGUUUAGAAUUGUUUGACUUUUAUCGAGCUUAAAAAUAAUAUGAAUAUUAAAUACGCUGUUUUUGCCGAGUUAUCAACUGGAAUUUUAAGUUGCUUUAAUGUUUGUAUUAUUAUAACAAGGUUAAAUACGUAAGAAAUAAAGCGUUGAUUAAAUGAAUGGCUUUUACAUUCAUUCAAAAUACUGUAAUUAAAAUCCCACUAGAAGUUGAAUGGUAAUGCGUUUCAGCGAUUUUUAGUCAUCCUUAUCGCUUAAUUAUUUAAAAAAAUAUGGUUUAAUUAACUUUGCCUAACGUUAUUAAUUAAUUUUUUUGUUGUAAUGAAACUUCUGAUGUAAAUGCGAAAACUUUUAAGCAUUGCUUAUUUUUAGGUUAACUAAUUUAAAUUAUUUUAUAGUGCUGUAGUUUAGUUAAAGCAUUCUAACUGUAAAUUUAAAAAUAGAACAUGUAGUUGUUUGUUCAAAAUGAAAUAAAAUAAAUGAAACUAAA